UGUUUCAAAUGCCAUUUCUUAGAUCACCACAGACGGCUGCGGAAUAGAAAAAGGAUGCUUUAUGUUUCCAACCGACUGCGGCAAUAACUGUGAUUUCUUGGUGACGUACAGCGCGACAAACUCAAGUGAAGUAGAGUUCGAGUUGAGCGGCAAAGGUGACUGGGUAGCAGUGGGAUUUAGCGAUGACCAGAUUAUGGUAAUAAUUUGGAUAACUUUACCCGUAGCUACUGUAGUUUACCAGAAAAAAAUAGCAUCAACCGCCAAGGAGCUUAUGAUCUCAAAUUUAGAAGCACCACUUCCUUAUUUUACGUUCCCGUAUUUGGAACAAAGAGAGCUAAGAGGGUUAUCCUAUGGGCUUCAUGCCUUCCUACGACUAACUUCUUCAUCUGACACAGGAACUCUGAUGACACUUGCUUGGAUUUUAUUUGCAUUUGUGGGUUUGUUCACGGCACGAUACAUGCGCGAAGUCUGGGAACCCAAACAAUUAUUGGGGACGAAAGCUUGGUUCGCGGUUCAUCGGACACUGAUGACAAUAACAGUACUGUUGACAGUGGCAGGGAUAGUUGUGAUCUUUGUUCACGUGAAAGGCUGGUCAUCGGGGGCUGGAGUGCACCCUUAUUUUGGUAUCGUCGUUCUCGCCCUUGCACUUGCUCAGCCAAUCAUGGCGGCAUUCAGACCACAUCCGGGUGAACCGAGGCGCAGCAUUUUUAACUGGGUUCAUAGGUGUGUCGGUACCUUAGCGCUGAUUCUUGGAGUUGUUUCAAUCUACUUUGGAUUAAAUACUAAUCAAGUCGGCUUAGGAAAAAAGGGACUUUGGCCAGUGAUCACCUUCUACAUUGCAGAAUUUCUUGUUUUCUUAUUUGAGGUGUAUCUGAUCAUAUCCAAACGAAAUCGCGAGAAGAGGUCUGUUCCAAUGGGUACUGCAAGAGGUAUUCCCAUGGAGCAACCUGGACAUCAGACCGGAGCUUCGCCAGAGACUGAAAUGCCAGUAAAGGAAGCAAUGAUUCGUACUUUUAUGUUUGUUUUCGUCGUGCUCGUUGGAGCCAGCGUGUCGCUUACCAUAAUCUUACUCAUGGUGCUUAAAUAGACUCAGGAUAGUAAUCGAAAGGCUCAACUUCGUUUAAAACUUCAGCCUCGAAGGAGUCCGGUAUUAGUGCUUUGUUUCUGGUGCUCAGUUUAUCAACCAAAUGUGUAACAAAACAAUUGCUUUUCGCCAGCCCCACCGUGAUACAAAAAAAGAACGAUAAACAAUGACUUAGCAAUUUCCGAGUUACACAGCUUUUUCUUUUACGAUCGAACCUAAAGGCAAAAAGUAAAUAUAAUUUCAAACACUUGUAUUCAUAUUUUAAACACUCCUUUUCCCGUGUUUUAAAGUAAAUGCGCUUAGAUUUUUAAGGGUUUAAUCUUAAGGAACACUGAAACUUGAUUGGCUGUUCUUGACGCCACGGCAUAAGAACGCUGUAUGUCAAUUCAAUUAUUUUAUUACCAAGCUGAAGACUGCAAAAAGACAGGCCAAUUAUGAAUAAUCUCGCACGGCAAUCACGCAUGAUUUUCUUCAUAAUGGAAAAAUUAUCUGUGGAUUUCAGUUAGUUCAAACACUUGUUUGUGGGCCGUAAAGAAGUAAGACUCUGCGUCAACUUAGGAGUUAAAAGCGCGCGUCGGCCUCACUUGUGAAAGGCAGGUGUGUGCCUUAUAUUUUUUCACAUCUUUGAGAUUAAAGCUUUCCACGGCGAACAAAAGGAUUCAUUAUAUCGGAAAUAUCUCUUUCUAUGACGUAAAUCAAAGAUUCUUAAAGGAUUUAACGCAUUUCAUAAUACCCGACGAUGUUGGACAUUUUGUUGAAGCUUCAAUAAACAAUGUACCAAACC